AUGGUCCGCGGCUGGAGCCCAGUCCUCGUGUCGGCCGCGCUGGUCGUGAUGGCCGGCUGUGCCGCGGCCCAGCAGCAGCAGCAGCAGGCCGCCCCGCUCACUGCCGACGAGGUGUUCAGCAUGGUAACAAGAGCACUUCAGCAAGAACUUCUGCCAGCCGUCAGAGAACUCGCGUCUCGGGUGGAGUCGCUGGACAACAGGCUGACUCUGCUCGACUCCCGAGUGACUGAGCUCACCGACCACAUUGUGAGGGGUGGACAAAGUCAGCGGGAGGACGUCCGGGGAUCCCAGCCGGCCGGUUCCGGCACCGGCGGGACACCGGGUCCAGCGCGGUCAGCGGGCGGGCCCUUCACGGUCAGCCGGCCCGACACCGAGCAGCAGAGUCCGGCCGAGCAGCAGAGUCCGGCCGAGCAGCAGAGUCCGGCCGACGGCCGCCAGUUCCGCGACUGCAGCGACCUGCCGGCCAGCUCCAAAUCGGGCCGCUACCUGCUGCUGCAGGGCGGUGGCGGCCAGCAGCCCGCCGCUGUGGGGUUCUGCGACAUGGACACCGCGGGAGGAAACUGGACGGUGAUCCAGCGGAGGGACGCCACUCAGCGCGGCCAGCACUUCAACCUCGGCUGGAGCGACUACAGGCAGGGAUUCGGCCACCUGCUCGCAGAGUUCUGGUGGGGCUUGGACAAUGUGUGGCGUCUUACCUCAUCACACGACCGGCAAUACGAGCUGCGCGUUGAACUCGAGGAAUUCAACGGUACUCAAGCGUACGCCCAGUACCAGAACUUCCACAUCUCAAGUGAGCAGGAUGGAUUCAGGCUAGCCCUCACCAACUACACGGGUAACGCCGGCGAUGGCCUGUCUAACAACGCCGGCCGCAUGUUUUCGACCGUUGGCCGUGAUCGGGACGCGUGGUCCUCGGGCAGCUGCGCGGACGAGCACCAGGCCGGCUGGUGGUACGCGAGCUGCGGCCUCUCCAACCUCAACGGCCAGCACGGCGCCGGCGGUACGCCACACCCCGCCGGCCUGUGGUGGGUCACCUUCAGCCGGUGGAGCUCGCUGCGGAGGACCGAGAUGAAAAUCAGGCCAGCCUAG